GAUUCCUCGAGGUCAUACGACAAAGGAAUUGCACAGUCGUAGGUGCAAGCUCGCAAUUGACUUGAUUGCUCCGUCGCCUAAAGCAUCUUUUCGAGGUUUCAGCAGCAUCCACGACCAUGCUGAAUGGCUUACUAAUCCGACUGACAGAGAUGUCGGCAAUCUCUACCGCCAACUUGGAUUCGGGUGAGGUAGCUUUCGGGCCGAGGUACUGGGGCGAUUUGACAUUGAACUCCACGUUCAGGAGCGUCAGCAUAGCAGUUUAAGAAACUGAUUCAAAUACCUCAUUGCAUGGAAAGCGCCUUGAACUGACCAGCAUUGCGAGUUUAUCGAAGCACAAAAGAAAGACGCAGCGAUGGGUAGCGCCGGCUUGGAUCCGCAGCUCUACACGAAGCUGUUCUUGAAUGGACAGUAUGUCGCCAGCAAGAGCAAAGAGACGUAUAGCCUCCGAAACCCCAAAGACAACACUGUUGUUCUCGACAACAUCCCAAUCGCUGGGCAUGAAGACGUCGAAGCGGCAGUAAAAUAUGCGGAAGACGCUUUCCAUGGGCCAUGGAGUCGAUUUACUGCUAUGCAACGAACGGAAUGCUUUCUCAAAUUGGCCGCCUUGCUAGAGGAGGAGCUGACGCCAAUCCUAACGCUGGAUUCCUUGACAUCAGGCAUCCCGGUGUCUCUAGCUCCGGUUCGUGAACGAAACUACAUCAGAAACUGCUUGCUAUACUACGCGGGUUGGACGGACAAACAGAAAGGCGACUAUUUUCCCGCAGACGAUGGAUUUGUCAAAAUUGUUCGACACGAGCCUCUUGGUGUUUGUGCUGCUAUCAACCCCUUUAAUGCCCCUGUGCCCUGCGUUUUCCUAAAAGCUGCACCAGCACUUGCCACCAGAAAUGUCAUGAUUGUGAAACCCAGCGAGAAGACACCUCUGGGAUCUUUGGCGGUCGCGGCUCUGUUUGAGAAAGCCGGCUUUCCUCCCGGGGUAUUUCAAGUUAUUACAGGUCCUGGAUCUACUGGCGCCUUACUGGCCGAGCACAUGAAAAUUCGCAAAGUCAGUUUUACUGGUUCGAUCACAACAGGCAAGAAAAUUCAAGUGGCAGCGGCUCGGAGUAAUCUGAAGCGUGUAACACUAGAGCUUGGAGGCAAAAGCCCGGCGGUUAUCUUCGAAGAUGCCAAUCUUGAAAACGCACUCACAUGGACAAUCAACGGAAUUCUGACACGAAGUGGCCAACUCUGUGUUGCUGCCUCAAGAGUAUAUGUUCAGAAGAGUAUUGCCGACCGCUUCAUCGAAGAAUACAAAACAAGGAUGAAGGCAGCUGUCAACGAUUUAGGAGACCCCCAAGACCCGAAUGUGAAAUUGGGGCCAAUGAUCGACCAGGCACAGCUUGAACGCGUGAAAGAGAUCGUGGAGCGUGGAAAACACGAGGCUGAACUAGUUGUCGGAGGCAACCAGUACGGCGAUAAAGGAUGUUACAUGGAGCCAACAUUGUUUUUGAACCCUAAGGAUGACGCAGAAAUAUAUCGAAACGAGAUUUUUGGACCGGUUAGUAUUAUCAAGACCUUCGAGACAGAGGAAGAAGUUUUGAAACUGGCCAACGACACCGAGUUUGGUCUGAUGUCUGGCGUCUUUACACGGGACAUCACGCGAGCCUUGCGAAUGUCUUCAGCAUUGGAAACAGGGGUCGUUGGUAUCAAUUGUGUGAGCCUGCAAAGCUUGCAAGCGCCCUUUGGUGGAAAGAAGCAAAGCGGUAUUGGACGAGAAUUCGGAGAAUACGCCCUAAGGCUGUUCACUGAGCCCAAGACGGUUAUCAUCAAUAUGGCUGCAUAGUUAGCUAAGUGUCAAAAUCGCUACCGUAAGUGGCAAACAGUGAAUAAUGUUUCCGACUUCAGGAUAC